GGAACAAGCACCAAAACUUGCGGACGCGGCAACAGCACCCGGGACAGUUCCUGAGAUUCCCUCUGCCAACCGUCCCCUCCUCCUCCUCCUCCUGCUGCCUCCAAAGGUCCGAUUGGAAGAGCCAAUUUUGCAGACAACAACGAUGCAACAAGGAGAUUACAGCUCCGCUCCCUAUUAUCAGUUCCCCCCCGCUCAAAAACCUAAUCCUUAUGCUUCUGCCGAUGCAAUCCCGAACACGUACGCUUCUGCUCCUCCGUUCUCCUCCGGUUACACUCCCGAUUAUACAUCUUACACCCCCACUUGCCCCCCAAACCCUCCGAAUCCCGAAACUAUCUCUGCCCCGACACCGGCCACUCCCUCUGCUCCAUCAUACUCUCCACCUUCCACCUUCAGUUCGCAGCCCGUCAGUUCUUCUCCGCAACCGUCCUCUUUCCCUCCGUUUGAUUCUCAUCUUUCGUACCAGCAACUGUCCACGCAGCAAUCAUACUAUCCGCCCUAUGAUCGACACCAAACAGCUCCAAGUUAUGCUCACUCCUCCUCUGCUUCUCAAAACCUGAGUCUGAAUUCAUCAUUUUCAUUCUCGCACGCGUCUCCUUACGGGCAACCCGGUUCUUCCAUGCCUUCCACGAACGAAAUUCCUUGUGUGGAUCCCGCAAAGUUUGAUCAUGGUGGCGCUUACUUGGAUGAUAGGUAUGGAGGUUUCAAUCAGAGCCCGUCUGGUUUGGGAUCAGAUUUUUACGGGAAUCGACAGGAUGGCGGGAUAUCCACGUAUGAUCGUGCUCUCGAUGAAGUUUACGGAGAAGGCGUCUAUGCUUAUGAAGGGGGCAAAGUAGAACCCUAUGGAGCGCGCGGCACGGCUCCUAAAUCUCCUUGGUCGGGCUUUGAUGAUUAUGGGAGGCCAAUCAAUUUUCCCUCUCCGAAAGAAACCUCCAUAUCAAACAAGGUUUCCAAAGCAGUGCCGAAGGCUGAUGCUCAAGAAGGUGUAAGAAGCGGAGUGCAAAAAUUUAGGGUAAAGCUGUUGGCGGAAAGUAGUGGUCAAAACACUAUGGAUGUUCUCUUGCAGAUUGGUUUAGAUGGAGUCAGAAUGCUUGAUCCAAGCACCAGUCGAAUCUUGAGAAUAUAUCCUCUUGAAAAUAUUACGAGAUGUGAGAGAUUUGAUUCAUCUACAUUGGCAUUUUGGUCCAAGAGCUCAGUAGACAUCGAGCCAAAACGAAUCAGACUGCAAUCCAAUAGUUACACUACCAACACACUUUUGGAUACUGUGACUGCUGCAACCAUACAGUUCAAGGAAAUGGGUGGAAGCAGCAGGCCUGCUGAAGCGUUGAAAACAAAUGAACAAGCUACAGAAAAGAAGAAAGGUCUUGUUGAUUGGAUGAAUUUGAUCAAACCUCCCAAUGAGGAGAAAGAUCAUUGGGUCCCUGAUGAAGCAGCCUCGAAAUGUACAGCAUGUGGUACUGAUUUUAAUGCUUUUGUUCGUAAGCACCACUGUAGGAACUGUGGGGAUAUAUUUUGUGACAAAUGUACACAAGGUAGAAUUGCUCUAACUGCAGAUGAGAAUGCUCUGCCAGUACGUGUGUGUGAUCGAUGCAUGGCAGAAGUGACUCGCAGGCUCAGUUAUGCAAAAGAAGCAGCCAGUAGACCUGUGCUGCAGAGUCAUGAAGAUCUUGCCAGGAAACUGCAGGAGGAGCUGGAGAGGAAUCGGAAGACAUCAGGGUUAGAGUCUGAUGGAUCUGGAAGGCGGAUGAAAGAAGUUGAAUGUCCUACAUGCACUGUCCAUCUACAGGUCGCGGUCCCUGACACUGGUUCUGAGACAAUCGAGUGUGGGGUUUGCCAGCGCCCCUUUCUUGUGAGUGCGCGCUGACUUCGGCAGAUUGUCUAUAUGCGUCAGUUUGAAAUUCAAUUUAAUUUUAUAGAUCAGUCUCUUGCUGAUCAACAAUGAUUGUUUGGGAUUACCGUGUGAAUAUGCCUAUAAGAUUGUAUGAAAGGAGAAACAUCUCUCAUUCGGUUGUGCUUUUGUAAAAUUAGGCGUCAUGCAUGCCUGUAUAUUUGUACCAAAUCCAUUGAAUUUUGUGGUCAGGGAAAGGGCAGGGUCGUUCAAUGGA